CUUUGAGGAACAUAGUCAUUCAAAGGUUGAUUUCUCGUGUUUCGCAUCAUUACUAGUCUUACACAAGCUUAUCAACAUGAAUAAAAUUGUUUUCUUGUUAAGUUUUAUCUCCUUUGGUAACAUGGUGUUGGCUAGCCAUUUUGACGAAGAUCACGGUGGUUCGUCGUAUGAAGAAAAAACAAAAACUAUAGAAAUUCCAAUUAUUAAGAAAUAUGCUAUACCUAUUCCACAUCCUGUGCCUGUUGAAGUACCUAAGGAAAUUAAAAUACCAGUGCCGCAGCCCUAUAAAGUGCCAAUCGAAAUUCCUCAUCCAUAUCCGGUGGAAGUCAUUAAACACGUCGAGAUACCCAUCGAAAAGCCAGAGCCUGUUGUUGUGGAAAAGCAUGUUCCUUAUGUCGUGGAGAAGCCAUAUCCUGUCUACGUAGAGAAGAAAUUUCCCGUACCGGUGGCAAAACCGUAUGCCGUUCAUGUCCCGGUCUACAAACACGUGCUCCAUUAUACGUCCAAGGGUAAAGGGUGGUGACUUUGCGGAUAUUAAAUAUCAUUUUAUAAUAAUAUCGCGUUUCAACAUCAAUGAAUCGACUGUACGGAAUAAUUCCUCUCGUUUUAGCUGAUCAGAUUAUAUUAACAUGAAUUUUUUCUAUUAUUUCGAGAAAUUUUUACUUAAAUUUGCUUCAACAAAAAAUGAUAUAUUACUGACUGAAAUGAGAACGAAAUAUUAGCGCAUUUGUUUUAGUGUAUUUAUCGAUGUGCAAAAUUUUAAUUUAGCAAGUCCUCCUAUAGAUAAUUUUGUUACAUUU